AUGAGCGACAAACAGGCAGAGAAAAAACCCCCCGUCGACCUGUCAACCACCAAUCCGCGCGGUAUUCCCGUUGCACCCUUCGUCGAUAAUGUCGCGGACUACGUCUCUUCCCGCGCGGACGUAGAGCCGACACUGCGCUCGUUCCAGGAGAUGAUAUCGAAAUACCAGUUCAUGGAGCUGAAUACACAACGGCGCGGCCAGGGGCUGAAGGAUAAGAUCCCCGAUAUUAAGAAGACGCUGGAGACGGUGAAGUUCUUGCGGGAUAGGAGAAAGGCCGGCACCGACACUGCUCUCGAAACCACCUUCGAACUCAACGACACUCUCUACGCCCGUGCCCUGAUAAAGCCAGAAGACACAGACGAAGUCUUCCUCUGGCUCGGCGCAAAUGUCAUGCUCGCAUACCCCAUCGAAGAAGCUGUUGAUCUGCUAACAGAAAAGCUGCGUGCCGCAGAAGCCAGCUUUGCAAACUGCGAGGAGGACCUAGGGUUUUUGCGUGAUCAGAUUACAACUCUCGAAGUCGCUACGGCCAGAGUCUAUAACUGGGACGUCGUGCAGAAGCGAAAGGGGAACGAAGGGAAGACAGGGCCGGAUGGUUAG